CCCUCGUCUUGCAUGUGGAGCGUCUGCUGGCGGACGGAGUUUCUGCACCAGGGUUCGCGUCACUGCGGGGAGAAAAAGCAGCAGCAGCAGCAGCGGAAGCGGUAGAGGUGGUGAUGGAGAUGGAUUGCUGAUAUCUGCCUGUCCCGUUCUCUGUUCCCUUUUUUUCCCCCGGCUGACGUCAUGCUCCGCGUCUCUCCAUAGUUUCAGCCGAACAAAAUGAGGAUUUCUUGCCAUCAGCUUCUACUCAUAUUUUCCUGCGUCCGCGGACUCGCCAUGGGGGCUUUUCCGAGCAGCGUUCAAAUCGGCGGGUUGUUCAUCAGAAACACAGAUCAGGAGUACACUGCCUUUCGCUUGGCCAUAUUUCUGCACAACACGAGCCCCAAUGCGUCGGAGGCGCCCUUUAACCUGGUGCCCCACGUGGACAACAUCGAGACAGCUAACAGCUUUGCCGUCACCAACGCUUUCUGCUCGCAGUACUCGAGGGGCGUUUUUGCCAUUUUCGGCUUGUACGACAAACGCUCCGUACACACGCUGACGUCCUUCUGUGGUGCGCUGCACAUCUCCCUCAUUACGCCCAGUUUCCCCAUCGAGGGCGAGAGUCAGUUUGUGCUGCAGUUGAGGCCGUCUAUACGAGGAGCUCUGCUCAGUAUACUCGACCACUACGAUUGGAAUCGAUUCGUCUUCCUAUAUGACACAGAUCGGGGAUACUCUAUACUGCAGGCCAUCAUGGAGAAAGCAGGUCAGAAUGGCUGGCAGGUCAGUGCAAUCUGUGUGGAGAACUUCAAUGACGCAAACUACCGGCAGCUGCUGGAGGACCUGGACCGCAGGCAGGAGAAAACAUUUGUCAUAGACCUUGAUCCAGAGCGACUCACCAACAUGCUGGAGCAGAUUGUGAGCGUCGGCAAGCACGUCAAAGGAUACCAUUACAUCAUGGCAAAUUUGGGUUUUAAAGACAUCAAUCUGGAGCGUUUCAUGCAUGGCGGGGCAAACGUGACAGGCUUUCAGCUGGUGGACUUCAGCAAUCCCAUGGUGAUUAAGCUCCUGCAGCGCUGGAACAAGCUAGACCAGAGAGAGUACCCUGGCUCUGAUGUCCCUCCCAAGUACACCUCCGCUCUGACAUACGACGGAGUGAUGGUGAUGGCAGAGGCCUUCAGGAAUCUGCGCAGGCAGAAAGUGGACAUCUCGCGCAGGGGCAACGCCGGAGACUGCCUAGCAAACCCGGCAGCUCCUUGGAACCAAGGCAUCGACAUGGAGCGCACGCUAAAACAGGUCCGGCUCCAAGGAUUAACAGGAAAUGUCCAAUUUGACCACUAUGGGCGCCGCGUCAACUACACUAUGGACGUGUUCGAGUUGAAAAGCAACGGUCCCAGAAGAAUUGGCUACUGGAAUGACGCGGAUAAGCUGGUCCUGAUCCAGGACCAAGCCUUGCUUCCGAAUGAAACAUCCGGAAUGGAGAACAGAACUGUGAUUGUGACAACUAUUAUGGAAGGCCCAUAUGUGAUGCUGAAGAAAAACUGGGAGAUGUACAAGGGUAAUGACAGGUAUGAGGGAUACUGUGUGGAUCUGGCGUAUGAGAUCGCCAACCACAUUGGCAUCAAAUACAAGAUCUCGAUCGUGCCGGAUGGAAAGUAUGGCGCUCGGGACCCAGACACGAAGAUCUGGAACGGCAUGGUUGGGGAGCUGGUGUACGGGAAAGCGGAAAUCGCUGUGGCCCCAUUGACUAUUACCUUGGUCCGGGAGGAGGUCAUUGACUUUUCCAAACCCUUCAUGAGCUUGGGCAUCUCCAUCAUGAUAAAAAAGCCACAAAAGUCCAAGCCAGGUGUAUUCUCCUUCCUGGACCCGUUGGCCUACGAGAUCUGGAUGUGCAUCGUGUUCGCCUACAUUGGUGUGAGCGUGGUGCUCUUCCUGGUCAGCCGCUUCAGCCCGUACGAGUGGCAUACCGAGGAGCCCGAAGAGGGCACUGACGGUCUGCCCAGUGACCAGCCCCCCAAUGAGUUCGGCAUCUUCAACAGUCUCUGGUUCUCCCUUGGAGCCUUCAUGCAGCAGGGGUGUGACAUCUCACCCAGGUCUCUCUCUGGUCGAAUCGUCGGAGGCGUCUGGUGGUUUUUCACUUUAAUCAUCAUCUCCUCCUACACGGCUAACUUGGCUGCCUUCCUCACCGUAGAGAGAAUGGUGUCGCCCAUCGAGAGUGCUGAAGACCUGGCCAAGCAAACAGACAUAGCAUACGGCACUCUUGACUCAGGCUCCACCAAAGAGUUUUUCAGGAGGUCAAAGAUCGCUGUAUAUGAAAAAAUGUGGAGCUACAUGAAGUCUGCUGAGCCCACGGUGUUCACUAAGACCACGGCCGAGGGCGUGGCUCGGGUGAGGAAGUCCAAAGGGAAGUACGCUUUCCUGCUCGAAUCCACCAUGAACGAGUACACAGAGCAGCGCAAGCCAUGCGACACCAUGAAGGUCGGAGGCAACCUGGACUCCAAAGGCUAUGGAGUGGCUACGCCCAAGGGCUCACAGUUAAGAACUCCCGUAAACCUUGCCGUUUUGAAACUGAGUGAAUCAGGCAUCUUAGACAAGCUGAAAAACAAAUGGUGGUACGAUAAGGGGGAGUGUGGACCCAAGGACUCGGGAAGUAAGGACAAGAGCUCACAGGCCCUGAGCCUCAGUAACGUGGCUGGGGUCUUCUACAUCCUGGUCGGGGGUCUGGGCCUGGCAAUGCUGGUGGCCCUCAUCGAGUUCUGCUACAAGUCACGAAACGAGGCCAAGAGAAUGAAGCUGACCUUCACAGAAGCCAUGCGGAACAAGGCUCGGCUGUCGAUCACAGGCAGUGUGGGCGAGAACGGCCGUGUCCUGACCCCUGACUGCCCCAAGGCCGUGCACGCCGGCCCCUCCCUGCGUCAGAGCUCCGGGCUGGCUCUGGUCUCAUCCGAUCUGCCGUGAAGACCAAAAACCUUCAAGUGCCUUACAGUCCCACCGAACCCACAAAAUCCAACAGCUACGAUCACAACCCGAGGGAUUAAAUAGCCCACUUCAGUUACUCCAUACACUGAGAAUAUGGGAAAAGGACAAAAAAAAUUCCACCAUGUGGCUGUAACGAGAUGUUUUCAGCCCAGCUGCUGACAGGUGUGUGCUUGAAACCUGUAUUAAGAACUCACCUUCAAGCGGAGCGAAGAUGACCCGAGGACCAGAAAGCUGUCAUUCCGAAACACACCCAGAACUUUUCGGGGCAUAACUAAAGCAGAGACAUAAAUAUCAAUUCAAGAUUGAUAAUGGGUAGUGCAGGAAGGUGUUCAGCCUUCACUUAAAUAAAAAUAACAAUUCAAUCAAUAUUAAUGAUAAACACGUACUAAAAAACUGUGAAGAGUUCAUGUAUAUUCUAAAAAUCAUAACUAAAGAAAUUAUUUACACUGCUUUGUAAAUAGAACAAAAGACUGUACACACUCGCUUGCUUUUUAAACAUGUGUAAAUAGCCAAUUCUGUCGUGGACAAAAGUAUAGUUCUCUCUCUCUCUUUCUCUCUUUUUUUAUUUUCUCCUAGUUAGAAAAAUGCAAUAAAUGAUAGAAAAAAAAAAGAUUUAUUUAUUUAGACAUACAGUAUAUAAAACUAUAAACUGAAUUCACCGGGCAUGUUAUCAACACUGAUUAUGUCCUCAAGUUGACACUCGGUGGUAGGGGGUUUUGGGUGGGGGGGUUAGUUUUACGGUAAUAUCUAAAUAAACUUGAAUGCCCAUCCUCGACACCAUGCCCUGCUUACUCACUGUGCUGUUGUAGACCAUGGACCUUUAUAGACUGUUUUAUUUUCCUGCAGAAACAGACUUUAUUUUGUUUGAUUCGUAUAAAAAAAGGUUCACAUCAGGUUAAAGUUUCCCUAUUUGCCUCCAAGCUGCGUGUGCUUAUGAAUCAGAUGAGACUAAAUGUGGGUAUAUUUGUGGCUUCUCAGAACAUGAACUAAGUAGAAAAGAUGCUGAAGACACCGUAGAGUCGAGAGCCAUGAUUAGAGUCCAGCUUUGGCCUUUUCUGCAAAACACUGUGUGACCUCAACCAAGCCUUGAGCACGUUCUCCUUCAGAACCUGUAGCAGCGGACUUGUCUCCAGACCUUCAAUUGAAUCUGUCCAUGCUGGAUUUCACUUGACAUUUGGACAUAAAGGACGUCCUCUAUGCUUUCAGGGCACCAAAAUGGGACACCGAAUGCUCAACUAAUUCUCUGUUCAAGUCGGCAUUUUACCAUAGGAAGUGCAAUUUCAGGUCUCCUAAUCAGAAGCAGCCACUCCUGCACCUCAUGUCUCAUUAGUUCUUUCUCUGUGGCUCUCAUCCUCAACCUCCCUUAAUUUCUCUGUCUCACACAUACACACAAAUACACACUCUCUGACAGUUCCAAUUCUUUAAAGUUUUUCCCUUAAAAUAGUAAAAUUAAAUGAAAUUAAAGUGUCAAUUCUUUUUUUUUUUUUUUUUACAAUGUGCAAUUUUAAAACGAGCCUAUCCUUGAUAUAAUCACACAGAUCAUACAUUCAAUUGUUGCAAAAAAAUAACGACUGCAAACUAAAGUACAUUUUCAUUGGAGUGUGUUAAUGAGCGAACGGGUUUCUCUUCAUUUCCUGAAUUGUAGAAAUGAUAGUGUUUUUUUUAUAGUAUGCACCCAAUUAGACAAAAUGCUAUUUUCCUUUUAAAAUGUAGUAGGCUAGGCAUUCCAGCUGAAAAAACCUACCUACUGUCACAAGCACCUACUAGCUACCUGCACACACAUACGUACACACACGAACAAGAUACAGCUGCCCUGCUACGCAGUGAGGAUUGUAUUACAUGCAUCUUUGCUCUGUAGCUCUGUAAAAUUCUAAUGAAUCUCGUGUUCUCUGUCAUUAAUUGUAAAUAUAUAUUUUGAUCUUUUUUUAGUAAAAUGCUAAUUCCAAAAAAUUGUCUUUGAGUCUUUUUUGGAAUGUGGAUGAAAUCAGAUGAUGUCAUAGCAGCACAAAAAGUCAUGCAGAUACAGGUCAAGCUUUUUAGUUGAUGUUCGCCUCAGACAUCAUAAUGAGUACAUAAUCUCUGGUACUUUUAUUAUGAAAUGGAUGCAAGUACCAGAUGGGUUUGUCCAAUAA